AACCUUGAGCUUGCCCGCCAGUGCUCAUCAGACACUCCUACCCAACCGCCAUGUCCGGAAGCUCCACCCUCCUAGCGGCCCUAGCCAGCCGACGCUCCUACUACGCCCUCCGCCGCGAAUCCCCGAUCCCGGACUCCAAGAUCCGAUCGAUCCUCAGCGAGAUCCUACUUACAACACCCUCGGCUUUCAACUCGCAGACCACGCGCAUCCUGGUCCUGCUCAAACAGGAGCACGACAAGCUGUGGGACAUCACCCGAGACACGCUGCUCGCGCGCAUCGGAGCCGAGCGCUACGAGAAGACCGCCCCGCGGAUCGAGGGCUUCCGCGCCGCGUACGGCACCGUCCUCUUCUAUGAGGAUCAGACCGUGGUCGCGGAGCACAAGGCCAAGUUUGCGUCCUACGCCGAGCACUUCGAGGCCUGGUCGGAGCAGACCAGCGGCAUGCAUCAAUUGAGUGCGUGGACGGCUCUCGAGACCGAGGGCUUCGGCGCGAACCUGCAACACUAUAACCCGAUCAUCGACGAUAAGGUCGCCACCACCUUCCAGGUCCCUGCGCAUUGGAAAUUGCGGGCGCAGUUGGUGUUUGGUGCGCCCCAGGGUGGUGUCCCCCCGCCUAAGGAGAAGAAGCCCCUCGAUGAGCUGAUUCGCGUGCUGGGGGAUGAUAGUGAUUGAGGAGGAGGAGGGGUAGUUAGUUCAACCUUGAUGAUGACUCGAUAGAUCUAUUUUUGGGUUAUGGGAGUGGUCGUUGGAGGCGGGGUUAUCGGGGCUUAUCUGGGGUGAAUGCUGUCCGUUUCGUCCAUAGAUUGAUUUACUUAUAGAUUUGAGAUGGGUUACGGAAUGAUAAGGAAUGCAACUGAUUCGAUGGGC